CGUGCGCGUGCGUGUGCGCAAAGUGCAGGCAUCAAAUUAUUUUGGAAUGAUCAAAGGGUCUUCACAUCUGCAACUUCACCGUCCUCUCAAGAUUGCAGGGCUAUAUCAUCUCCGAUUUUGUCACGGCGAUUGUGGCAUUGAGCAAAGCCUCAGCUAGGACUGGUUGCCUUGAUUGACUUUGGCGCAACACACACUCACCAGGCGACCCGGCACUUCAGCUUCCGCUCACAACAGCGACCACCCUACAAAGACGGUCCAAGUCUACCGUCGCCAUGGAUAGUCGAUCACAAUCGCGUUCGCGUUCUCGCUCGCUGACGCCGAGAUCACGUGGCUCUCGCUACACACGAUCACCAUCACCAGCUCAGAGUGGGAGAGGACGCUCCUAUUCACGAUCGGCCUCACCGGCGUCGCGGCGUAAUGGGCGGUAUCGCAGUCGCAGUCGCAGUGACAGUCGCGACAGAAGUUGGAGCAGGAGCAGGGGCCGGAGCGAAAGCCCAUUGCGAGGGAGUACAAAGAUUGUGGUGGAACGUCUGACAAAGACAAUCAAUGAAGACCAUCUUCGCGAGAUAUUUGGCGAGUAUGGUCGUAUACGCGAUCUUGACCUCCCUAUGAACCGGCAAUUCAACACAAAUAGAGGCACUGCGUACAUCCUCUUCGAGGAAGAAGCCGAUGCAGAGGCUGCCAUAGCACACAUGCAUGAAGCGCAGCUGGACGGCUCCGUAAUCAACGUCUCGAUAGUCCUGCCGCGGCGCAAGUUCUCCCCAGCUCCGCCGACCGCGAGUCGCGGCGCGAAUAUUGAUCCAAGACAGCCCGCGCCACGCGGCCCUGCCGGGGAUGGAUACCGUGGAGGAAGGGGAGGAGGUGGUGGCGGCGGAAGAGGUGGUCCAGGUCGUCGCAGGCGUGGACCACUGGGUCCACCAUCGCCCAGGUUCUCCGGCAAUCACGGUGGGCGGAACGGUCCACGAGAUGAUUACAAUGAUCGCUGGUCGAGAUCACCGCCGCCUCGUCGUGGACGCAGUCCCUCUAUCGACUCUCAUGGCUCAAGGUCGCGCUCUCCAUCCAAGCGAAGGGGCAAUGGGCAGCCUCGCCGAGGAAGUCCACGCGAUGACUACCGGCGGAGCCCAAGUCCAGUCGACUACCGCGGCCGGGACGGCUCAGACCGUGCACGCAGCGACCGCUAGCAGCGGGACCGUCUGCGAUGAGCAAUGCCGAUUUAGGCUAGUUUGAACAGGCUGAAAUAAAUCGGCAAUCAGUAGCGAGAGGGGGAAAAUUGAGACAGCGAGUUCGGCAGCUGAAAACACAGCGACAUCUCCUUGUACCAACGAGGAUGCGUCGGAGGGAAUUUGUGCUAGCACGGGAGGAGUGACGGACAUGAAGUCACCCUUCCACAAG